CCUGUUUUGGCUGGAAUCAAACACUGAUGGUACUGAUGGUACAAGUCAGAUGGAAUGUAGAACAGCAGCUCCACAGAGAUACAUUCAGAAGUCUAUCCAGAGGUGCACUGCAGGACACAGACUCACAAACACUGAGACAACAUGAAAGCUGUUGCAGCCUUCUUGCUGGUGCUGUGUUACCUGGCUGGCAGUCAUGCAUGGAACUGCAAGGAGGCUCCACGCUUGUAUUAUCCCAAACAGAUUGAUGCUGGACAGGGACAAGUGGUUGCAAUAGACAAGUACAAGCGGGCCUAUUACCUGAGUGGGUCGAGCUGGUACAGACUGGGCUCAGUCAGCCUCAAGCAUGUCUCAGUGGGACCUGCGGGAAUCUGGGGAACCGACAAUUCAAACAAGGUCUACAAAUACAUAGGUGGAGACUUUAAACUAGCCAAAGGUCUGUCUUUGGAGCAGGUGGAUGCUGGAGGUGAUGGCCAGGUUGUUGGAAUAACACCCAGCACCCAUACUGUCUACUGUUUGAGAGACAUUGACACUUGGGGCCACAAAGGAGUAGAUACCCUGAGCUGGUAUUCUUUGUCAAAGAAAAUGAAGUACUACGCCUGCGGCCCAAAGUAUGGAUGCUGGGGGAUCGACUCGAGUUCGAAGGUCUACCACACAAAGACAAUCACACCAAGCAGCUGUAGCAGUAGUGGCUGGACAUAUGUGUCAGGAACAACCAUGAAAAUGAUUGAAGUGGGGACUGAUGGAAGUGUGUUUGGAGUGGCUACAAAUGGCCAGGUGUACCAAAGAAUGAGCAUCUACAGCUCUCGUCCACAAGGCCUUUAUUGGUCCUCUGUCUCCAUGUGCAUGCCCAUCAGCCACCUGACCUAUGACCUGGGCAAUCUCUGGGUGGUGACCAACUCUAGUAUGUUUCUGCAGUGCUCAAAGUAAUGUCAGUGUGCACCACUCUCUGUUUGUCAUGGAAGAUGUCUUGGCUGUCGUCUCUAUAAAGUUUGAUCCUUUCUUUACACUAUUCAGUGCACACAAUUAAAAGAUGAUUUGCAUUAGAUUUUUUUCUUCAAUGUAAAAGCUCACUUCAUCUCCUCUUUAUUAGACUAACAUUAAUUUGGGAAACAUUAAAGGCUACGAGAAGUAACUGAUUCUAAGAUAUGUUGUGAUUCUCUCUUAAAUGAUUCAGCAUCAAUGCACAAAACUCAGAUCAGAAAUUAUAGCAGAUUAAUUAAUUUAAAGAUGUAUGCAUAUAUACAACAAAAGAGUAUCUACAAUGUUACACAUAAAGACAAUAAUUGUAAUUUUGCAAAAUCACGUUACUGUGAAACAAAUAAACAAAUGUGCGUGUGUGGGCUGGGCUAAACUGAUUAUUUUUUUUAAUAAUCCUGGUGUGAUGACCUGCCCCCCUUAGUGAUUUUGGUCACAUGUUGGACUUUGAUUAAACCCCUGAACCCUGCAAGCCUGGUCAGUGUCUGCAUUUUUGGGUCCAGUCUCUGUUGAUCUGUUUUAAAUGUGACACCUGGGGAUGUGUAACUCGUACCUGUCAGUUGGCUUACUUUGUACUCUGUUAAUAAAUGAUACUGGAAUCAA